CCUGGGCAGGGUCCAUGACCCCUAUGAAGUUCCUCCCUGAGGAACACGUGCAGCCAUCUUUAACCUUUCCCCUAGAUUCUGUGACAUUUGAGGAUGUUGCUGUGAACUUCACCCAGGAAGAGUGGGCUUUGCUGAAUCCUUUUCAGAAGAAUCUCUACAGAGAUGUGAUGCUAGAAACCUGUAGGAACUUCACUUUUAUAGGAAACAAUUGUGAAGAUCAGAAUUGUAAAGACCAUUAUGAAAGUUCUGGAAAAAGCCUAAGAAGUUCUGUAUUUGAGACACUCAGUGAGCAUAAAGAAGAUUUUCAGAAUGGAGAAACUGUCACGUGGAUAGCAAAUGCUGAUAUGAGCAUGAAAAUUUCUAGUGACCUAACACCAUGUCAAAGCAAUGUGUGUGGGAAGGUUUCCAUGUGUCAUUCACCCUUUAAUAACCGUCGUACCUCUCACUCUCAGUACAAAUCAUAUGAGCAUGAGGAGUAUGGAAACAAGCCCCAGAACUCUAACUCUCUCACAAGCUGUCAAAGACCUAUGAGAACUCACAGUAUGAAUGCACCUUUGAAAUAUAAGACAUGUUUAAAUGUUUUUGAUCUCCAACAUUUGUUGGUAAUAGAUCAGGAAACACACAAUGCAAAAAAAGUCCAUCAAUAUGAAGAAUAUAGAAAGGCCUCUGCUGAUGGCAGUUCACUUCACACAUCUGGAUCAACUCAAACUGUAAGAAAGCAUUAUCAAUGUAAUGUAUGUGGGAAACAGCUGAGUUCUUCCACUUCUCUUCGAAGACAUGAAAGAAUUCAUAAUGAUGAUAAACCCUAUACAUGUAAACCAUGUGGUAAAGCCUUUAAAAGGUACCGUUACCUUCAAGUACAUGAAAAAAUUCAUACUGGUGAAAAACCCUAUAAAUGUAAACAGUGUGGUAAGGCCUUUAGAUAUCGCCGUUCUCUUCAGUCACAUGAAAAAAUUCAUAGUGGAGAAAAACCCUAUAAAUGUAAACAAUGUCGUAAAGCCUUCAGACAGCGCCGUAAUCUUCAAAGACAUGAAAACAUUCAUACUGGAGAAAAACCUUAUGAAUGUAAACUAUGUGGUAAAGCCUUUAGAUGUUCCAGUUAUCUUCAGUUACAUGAAAGAAUUCAUACUGGAGAAAAACCAUAUGAAUGUAAGCAAUGUGGUAAAGCCUUCAGAGAGUGCAGUAACCUUCAAAGACAUGAAAAAAUUCAUACUGGAGAAAAACCGUAUAAAUGUAAACACUGUGGUAAAGCUUUCAGACGAUAUAGUCUCCGUCAGAGACAUGAAAUGACACAUACUGGAGAGAAACCCUAUGCAUGUAAACAAUGUGGUAAAUCUUUUAGUUAUCACAGUUACCUUCAGCUACAUGAAAAAAUACAUACGGGAGAAAAACCGUAUGAAUGUAAACAAUGUGGUAAGGCCUUUACAUUUCCUGGUUCCUUGCAGGUACAUGAAAAAUGUCAUACUGGGGAAAAACCCUAUGAAUGUAAAGAAUGUGGUAAGGCCUUUAGAUGUCGUGGUUAUCUUCAGUUACAUGAAAAAAUCCAUACUGGAGAAAAACCCUAUAAAUGUAAACAAUGUGGUAAAGCCUUCAGACACUGCAGUAGUUUUCAAAGACAUGAAAAAAUUCACACUGGAGAGAAAUCCUAUACAUGUAAACAAUGUGGGAAAUCUUUUAAAUAUCAUAAUCAUCUUCAGUUACAUGAAAAAAUACAUAUGGGAGAAAAACCAUAUGAAUGUAAACAAUGUGGAAAGGCCUUUAUAAUCCACAGUUAUCUUCGAAAACAUGAAAAGACACAUAGUGAAGAGAAACCUUAUGCAUGUAAACAAUGUGGUAAAUCUUUUAGAUAUCACAAUUAUCUUCAGUUACAUGAAAAAAUACAUACAGGAGAAAAAUUGUAUGAAUGUAAACAAUGUGGUAAGGCCUUUACAUUUCCUGCUUCCUUGCAGGUACAUGAAAAAUGUCAUACUGGAGAAAAACCAUAUGAAUGCAAACAGUGUGGUAAAGCCUUUGUCAUCAACAGUCGUCUUCAAAGACAUGAAAAAAUUCAUGCUAGACAAACCCUGUGUAUGUGAAAAGUAUGAAAAAGCCUUUAGACACCAUAGUUAUCUAUCUUUACAUGAAAUAAUUCCUAGUUCAUGAAAACUCUCAAUGUAAACAGUGUGGUAAAUAAAGCCUUUAGAUCUCACAGUUACCUUCAUUCACUUGAAAAAUUCCUAUUGGACCAAAACCCAAUGAAUGGAAGCUAUGUGGGAAAUCCUACAUAUGGCACAUUUAUCUUAAAUUACGUGAAAAAAUUCAUAGAGGAGAAAAACUCUAUCAACGAGGAAACCUUUACAUUUCAUGUUUCUUUUGAUUACAAGAGGAAAUUGUGGCAAAGAACCCUGUGAAUGUGACAGUGCCUGUAGUUGUCAAACCUCCUAAAUCGCAGAGGAGUGCAGUUUCACACCACAGUGCUCUUUCAAUGUCAACUCAUGGGAGAAAAUUACUAAAGAUGUAAAAUCCAAGUGUUAAUGCUUCAUAUCUGAGUUCACUUCAGUUAUGGAUAAGAACUCAGUCUCAAACCUCCAAGAAUACAGAGAAUGGGCAAAGAUUGAGUUGUCUCAGUUCCCUACAACAACGGUGCUGUGUGAGACUUUUCCCGAGGCAACCUGAGCAAAUGCCUCCUCGCCUGAGAUAGGAAACUAAUGGCACAAAAAGUAGUUCUUCCAAAGUCUAAUUAUGUAAACCAACUAUUUUAUUGGGGUUACUUCUGCAAGCAUGGACAAUCACAGAUAGCUGUGUUGCCAAAAAGCCCAUUCAGCCUAAGUGAUGACUCAUGGCACCUACAGUCCUGGAGAUGUCUGCACAACUGACAGGCCCUGGGUUAGUUGGGGAAUUUCUUUUCCCAAUUGUUUCCUGCUUCUAUAACCUUGCAGAGUGACCUUGGGAAUGUUGUACAUUUGGGCUUUGCAGAAAUAACUUGUUUACUUCUUGAACCUCAUGCAUCCCGUUGAGAAGGACUGUGUCAAUUCAGAGGAAAUUGCUGGACAACAGUCCACCCCUUCCUCUGGCUUUUACAUAUUUUGUAAUGCUUUUAUGUCUUUGGGGGUCCGGGGGUGGAUAUGAAUGUCCAUCUAUGGCUAACACUGAGUCAUUAUGCCAGAGUACUUACGUUUCUCAGGCUCUUCAUCAUUGGUUCUGAGUCUUUGUGGUGUACAAUCCAUUGGAAGUUUCAUUCCAUGAUGGGUUGCAGCUGACAAUAGUAGUGAUCUGUAGGCAUAAACUGAAAAGUUAGGAAGGCAACUGGAGAGGUACAUCACAUCCACCUUACAACAAUCACAGUUGCUUCCCUGCUGUGGAGUAUGACCUCUCCUGCCACAUGUCCUGGCUUAUAAUAUCAGAUGUGAACUUUCUCCUGUGUAGUGGGCUGUAAAUCCAAUCUGAAAACUCUGUUGUACUCAAUGAGUAGUUGUGCAACUGUUGCAUAUUGUUCUUCCUGUCCUGUUUGUCCUGGUCACAGAGGGCUUAUAGAUGAGUGGGACUGUUGGUGCUAAUUCUCCCCAAGCAAUCUUCAGUGCACCUGGCACCAUGCAAGGUAGCCAGUGUGGAGGAAGCCUCCACCUCAUUCCAGCAUCAUUUCUCCAUGUCCCACAACCAGAGCAUGUGAUGUCUGCAGGAAUAUUGACUUAUCAUCUAUUUUCAGCAUGUAACCAGCAAUAAUGGCCAUAGCCUUCAUGGUUUGUGGGACAGAUAUUCACCUGCCUCUGCCUCCCAUGUGCUGCUAGUGUUAAAGACCUGUGCCAAUGUACCUGUGGCUACUAAUAACGUAUUAACAGCCUCUGGAAGUUUGUGCGGUAGUUGCACCUGAUUGCCUUUAGUUGAGGUGUGCAUCAGUGUUUGUGAAAUGAGUGGCCUUGUCAUUGUCAAUUUUCCAUGGGUGCCUAUACAUUAACCCUGUUUUGGGUGAAAUCUUGUUGGCAGGUUUACCUGUUUAUUCACUUGCCUAAAAAUGCUUGUAAGAGGCUUUUUCAAGUUAUUUCUGAAAAAAAUGUGUUAAAAAUUGCCUCUCUUUGGAAUAAUAAAAUAUUCUCAAAUUAAAAAUAAAACAGAAAAAGAAGAGGCCUCUGGCAGUGUCCCCACUUGCAAGAGUAUAUUUGCAUCUUUCACUUAUAGGCAUAGAUAAUAUGUGGUGUGUUUUCCAUUACUUAAGGGAUAAAUUGGCUUAUGUGUGUGUCCUGUCCUAACAUCUAGAUCCAGGCUUAGAUUGUGAACAGGGAAAAUGUGAUUGGCCCCUAAAUAAAGAUGUCUGAGGAAAAAGAAGUUUACUGCCUUCAUUUGUUUUCUUUCUGCUGAGUGUGCCUACUCUUGUGGCUGCUGCUGCUGCUGCUACAAUCCUCCAGUGACAGACUGCAGCUCCA